AAAAAGUUCCGGAAAGUCGAGUUCAAAAAAGUUGAAGGAAGUUUUCUGGCGACAUCCAUGAAGAAAGUGUUCCUAUAAUGAUGUAGCUGACACCUGUAUGAGUCAUGGCUGAGGGCCAGGGGGUGGCUGGGUGCUCAGGUGAAACUGCAGAGUCCAGCUCAGUUCUCCUGGUGAGUGGCCAGUAUGCCACAUCUGAGGACUGCAGUUCCCCCGUCAGCCGACAGGUGGCCCAGACCCUAACAGGAGCAGGGAGGAAAGUUUACAGUACUGUUUUGGAAGAUACAGAGGAGGACAGAAAGUGUGCUAAGGCUGAUGGAGUGGAGCUCAUCCUCCCAACCCGCAGUCAGGGAGACACAAGGGAACCCUGUCUGGCUUGGCUGACCUUUGACCAUGUGGAUCGCUACCCCAAUGACAGACUCCCACCGGAUGUAGGGUGGAUUGUGGGUCAUGCUGGGGUCACCAGCAGAGCAGCAGCAACUAUCAAGGAACAGCGUUUCCCCCAAGCAAGCCUCAGUCUUGUCACCCAGACUAUACCUGAAGACACAGAGAAGUACAAGGAAGAUGAGAAGGCCAUGGGCAUUGGUGAGAAGGAAGACUCCAUCAGAAAAGAUGCAGAGAAGGCAGAUACUGUGUUCUCUGUGGGACACAGAACACACGACCACUUUACAAUCUCAUUUUGUGCAAUUCCUGAAGACAAGAAGCCAGCUCACUACCUCUUCCUGCCCAAACCAUCAGACUUGUUCCUGAACACUACAGUUAAGCAUCUGAAAACCAGUCAGAAAGUUGUCCUAUUAAUUGGUAGGGUGACAACAGAUGAGAGGGUGAAAGGCUUUGACUUGGCAGCCAAGGUCUUGUCAAAAGUGGUAGAAAGGAGUCAGGACAGAAUCAAGUUGCGGAUUUGUGGUGUCAGUAAAGAGGAGUAUCAGGCCAGUAUGGGCAUUCUCCAAACCAGCAUCAACUCAGGAAAACUGAUCCCCACCCUUCUCCCACACUGCACUCAGGAAGACGUCUGCCGACACAUGCAGCAGGCCCACCUGGUUCUCAUGCCCUCCCGUGCAGAACCCUUUGGACUGGUCGGUCUGGAGGCCAUGGCAGCCGGCGUACCGGUCCUCAUAUCUGACCAAUCAGGACUGGCGGACUUGGUCCAUAAGGUCGUACCAGAAUUCCGCCACUCUGUUCUCAGAAUCACGGGUGACGAUUCUGUAGAUGUCGGACGUUGGGCAGAUCAGAUUGCGGAUGUUCUGCGGAUGUCAGAAGCCGAGUUCCGUCGGGCUGCAGAACUCAAGCAGAAACUCCUGGAGUCCAAAUACUGGGAAGAGUCUCAUCAGCAACUCCUUCAGGCAUUUGGAUGUGCAGGUCAUGUUGCUGAAGUCCAGAAGGGAAAGAGCUGUGCAACUCUUACCGGGGAGACAGCCACUGAUGGAGGGUCAAGGAAUCCCUCGGAACCAGGUUCACCCCGAGCCUCUAGCAGCCAGCUGAAGAGGAAGGGGGAGGAUGGAGAAGAGUUUCCAGGGAAGAAGAAACUGGCACGUUGUACAGAGGAAGGUUCACUCAAACCCUCUAGUAGCCAGCAGAAGAGGAAGAGAAAGAGGAAAAAGCAGCUUCCAGUGAAGAAGAAAGCAACUCCUAGACAGUCAGUUGAUGUGGAGAAAUAUUUCGACAAAGUCAUCAAUGGCGUCAGCUACAAGUGGGAUGACCUGGCCCGGAAGUUAGGGUUCAACGAGAACGAAAUAAAAGGAAUCAGGACAGAUGAGACAUUGAAGCCAGAUCAAGACCACAGGUGCAGAGAAGUGCUGAACAGAUGGAGAAACAGGGAGGGAAGGGGGGCAACUCUACAGGUUCUGAAACAAGCUCUUAUCAACAUUGGGGAACGGGCGACUGCAGAGAGUUUAGAAGCUGUAGCCCAUCCUGGCCCCAUCACCAUUGCAGAAGUGACAGAAAACAGCAUCAGGGUCACCUGGACAGAAGCAGCUGGCAACAAAGACAGCUACAGGAUCAGCAUCACUCCUACUGAUGGUGUCAUCGCUCCUACUGCAAGUGUGAACCCUGGAGACCCACUGGAACACACCUUGACUAGCCUGACAGCUGGAACUGAGUACACCGUCAGUGUUGUAACUGUCAGUUGUGGGGUGAGCAGUGUGGCAAGAACAAAGACACAGAGGACAACUGUAGCCCAGCCUGGCCCGAUCACCAUUGCAGAAGUGACAGAAAACAGCAUCAGGAUCACCUGGACAGAGGCAGCUGGCACCAAAGACAGCUACAGGAUCAGCAUCACUCCUACUGAUGGUGUCACCGCUCCUACUGCAAGUGUGAACCCUGGAGACCCACUGGAACACACCUUGACUAGCCUGACAGCUGGAACUGAGUACACCGUCAGUGUUGUAACUGUCAGUUGUGGGGUGAGCAGUGUGGCAAGAACAAAGACACAGAGGACAACUGUAGCCCAGCCUGGCCCGAUCACCAUUGCAGAAGUGACAGAAAACAGCAUCAGGGUCACCUGGACAGAAGCAGCUGGCAACAAAGACAGCUACAGGAUCAGCAUCACUCCUACUGAUGGUGUCAUCGCUCCUACUGCAAGUGUGAACCCUGGAGACCCACUGGAACACACCUUGACUAGCCUGACAGCUGGAACUGAGUACACCGUCAGUGUUGUAACUGUCAGUUGUGGGGUGAGCAGUGUGGCAAGAACAAAGACACAGAGGACAACUGUAGCCCAGCCUGGCCCGAUCACCAUUGCAGAAGUGACAGAAAACAGCAUCAGGAUCACCUGGACAGAGGCAGCUGGCACCAAAGACAGCUACAGGAUCAGCAUCACUCCUACUGAUGGUGUCACCGCUCCUAGUGCAAGUGUGAACCCUGGAGACCCACUGAAACACACCUUCACUGGCCUGACAGCAGGGACUGAGUACACCGUCAGUGUUGUAACUGUCAGUGGUGGGGAGUGCAGUGUGGCAAGAACAAAGACACAGAGGACAACUGUAGCCCAGCCUGGCCCGAUCACCAUUGCUGAAGUAACAGAAAACAGCAUCAGGGUCACCUGGACAGAAGCAGCUGGCCCCAAAGACAGCUACAGGAUCAGCAUCAGUCCUACUGAUGGUGUCACCGCUCCUACUGCAAGUGUGAACCCUGGAGACCCACUGGAACACACCUUCACUGGUCUGACAGCAGGAACUGAGUACACCGUCAGUGUUGUAACUGUCAGUUGUGGGGUGAGCAGUGUGGCAAGAACAAAGACACAGAGGACAACUGUAGCCCAGCCUGGCCCCAUCACCAUUGCUGAAGUAACAGAAAACAGCAUCAGGGUCACCUGGACAGAAGCAGCUGGCCCCAAAGACAGCUACAGGAUCAGCAUCAGUCCUGUCACUGGUGUCACUAACUCCACUGGAAGUGUGAACCCCAGAAACCCACUGGAACACAUCUUCAGCACUUUAACAGCAGCAACCCUGUACACCAUCAGUGUUGUUACUGUCUGUGGUGGGGUGAACAGUGUGGCAAGAACAGAGACACAGAGGACAAGUUCACCCAAACCAUCUAGUAGCCAGCGGAAGAGGAAGAGAAAGAGACGAUUUACAGUGAAGAAAAAAGCAAAAGCAACUCCUUCCAGACAGUCGGAAUCAGAUUUGUUCCAGAAGUCUGUGAAGAGGCGCUAUGAGUUGAAACUGACUCACUUCAAGCCUCUGAUCUGGAAUGACAACUUCACACUUAGCCUCAGCGACAUCUUCACCCAGUUAGAGUUGAUACCAACAAGUGAAAGAAACUUUAAAACAUCUGAGAAACAGAAAUGGUCAGAAUCAAUGAAGGAAGAACAAAGAAAAGAACUUAAGUCAUUAGACGACUUGUUCAAGCCAGAUGUCACAGGACUGUCCACAGCACCAAGGUGCAUUCUGAUUGAGGGUGAAGCUGGAGGGGGGAAGACAACGUUUCUGUCCAAGGAAGCCCUAGAUGCUGUCUCACAGAAAACAGAGCUGGGCAGACGGCACAACAUCGUCCUGUUGAUCCGACUCCGGGAGGUGAGAGAGGGGGAGACCAUAGAGGAGAUGGUGUGGGACCAGUGUGUUCCUGAAACAACUGAAGGUAUUGAAGCACAGUCCAUUAGAACAAUCCUACAGAGGAACAAGUCCCAUGUUGUCUUCCUCCUAGAUGGGUAUGAUGAGCUGCGGCCUGAGGCCAGGGCAGCCGGGCAGGCCAUUCCCAAACUGCUGUCUGGCAAGAUGUACCCCAACAGCACGAUUGUGAUCACCUCCCGACCCUCAGCAGGAGUGCAGCAGUACACCCGGCCAGACGGUCAUGUACACAUCAUGGGCUUCUCCCGUAGACAUGUGGAGAAAUACAUGCAGCAGUAUUUCACUGUUGUUGGGAAGCAAGAACUGACAAAGACACUUACUCUACAUGUCAAAGGUAAUCAACUUUUGAACACUUUAAUCUAUACACCAAUGUUCCUGAUGUUUGUGUGUCUGUUGUGGGAGGAGGACCAAGAGAUGGUGUCUACUGGAACAAUGAUGGGGCUGUACGACAACCUGCUGACAUGUCUGGUCAGAAAGUGCUGUAAGCGGCAAGGAGUGGACAUGCCAACAGAAGGGCUGCCUACAGAGGUUGCUGAGUCAUUACUGCAGCUCGGCAAGCUUGCACUAGAGGCACUGCUGAGGAAUGAGACCCUGCUUGACGUUACAGAAGUAAAGAGAGAAAAGGUUAAUUGGGAGUUACUUUUAAAGCUGGGUGUGGUCUCCUUGGAGGUUUCUUCCUCUAAACUGCAUCCUAGGAAACAGCUGAACUUUUCACACAAGACUAUGCAAGAGUUCCUGGCCGGACGAUAUGUAGCUCAUGCUCAAGUGAAGCAAGACAUUGUUGAGCUGCUGCAGCUCACCUCCAUAAGCAAGGCACUUGAACUCAGUAACCUGCUUCAGUUCACAUGUGGCUGUGGCUCACAGGCAGCACAAGCUGUGAUGGAGGAACUAAGCAAGCUCAGCAGCAGGGAGUUCACACACUUGAAACCUGAACAGUUUGAAAGUUCAAAUGUGCCAAAAGAUCCAGAUGUGCAAAAGUCCUGCCAAACCUAUAGAAGGUUUGCACACUUGUGCCUGAACAUCCUUAGUGAGAGACAAGAACCAGAAGUACUUCAGGGUAUCAGUCAAGCCCUGCCAAGUGUCAUACUGGACAACUCCAUUAACAGUAGAGAAGCCACAGCUCUUAAGUAUUACAUACAAAAUCUUCAUUCAGCAAACCUGCCAGACAGGCUCAUACUUAAGAUCCAUGGAGGCACUGACAGCAGAGACAUAGUUCAGUACCUACAGCAGUGUUUUACAACUUCACUCCCUGGACUUAAAUUGGACUUGAAACUAUCAGGACAGUUUGACUCACCUGAUCUGACAGCCAGGCUGGUUUCAGUUCUGAAGAAUGUUCCUUGUCUGAGGGUGCUGGAUCUGUCACUCACAAAACUAACACCAUCAUCACUCCAGCCACUUGUGCAGGGGUUCAGGCACAUGUCUCUGUUAGAGGAGCUGUAUCUUUCUGGGAACAGUGCCCUUGGUGAUGCUGGGAUGGAAGUCCUACAGGUUGGGCUGUCCAGUGUUCCACACCUGGCUGUACUCCGUUUUAGGUUAGUCAACAUGACAGCUGUGGGCAUGUCAUCCCUGGCUCCCUACAUGCGCCACCUAGUGGGACUGAGAGAACUGGAUAUAAGUUAUAAUAAGAUCGGUGACACUGGGCUGGAAUCUCUCACCACCGUCCUCCACACCUUCACUGCCAUGCAGGUGUUGGGCCUGUGUGCCACCGGUAUCAGCCCCACAGGCAUGCGCACACUGGUCCCUGUACUGUGUAAGUUAACCAGACUGAUCAAACUGGACAUUAGUAUUAAUGACAUAGGAGACCCCGGGCUGGAAUGCCUGGCUGCUAUCCUCCACCACCUCACAGCCAUGAAGGUGUUGGUUCUCAGUGUGACAGAUAUCAGUGACAAGGGAAUAUCAUCCCUGAUCAAAGCUCUGCCUCACCUGGUGCAAUUACAGGUGUUGGAUGUGAGGUGGAAUAACAUAGGAGACUCAGGGAUUGUCUCACUGGUGCAAACACUCUGCCAGCCCAGCAGUUUGGACAUGGAACAAAACCCACAUGGUGACAAGAGUCUGACCACACUACAGGAGCUGCACAUCGGGGGGAAUGAGGGAGUAACAGGAGCCGGACUGGGGAGGGUCGCACAGGUCAUCAGCACACUGCCGGCACUGACCAGGCUUGACAUGUCUGGUCACCAGGACACACCUGCACACCUGUCUGACACUGCUGCCAUGGAUCUGGCCGAGGCUCUACCCAGACUCCCUGCCCUGGAGCAGCUGGACCUGUGGAACAUCUCCAUGGAGCCUGCAGGGUUCCAGGCUGUGGUGCAGGCUGCUGAGGAACACCCAACACUGGAGAAGCUGGUGUGUCUGUCCCGACAGGUGCCCUCCAGUCUGGACCCCCUGUUUAAGUACACCAGUAGGUGUAAGGUGUGGGGGACCACAGGUGUGCUAACAGGUGUGUUUGUUCCAGGUGUGGCUGUCCUGACAGGUGCCCUCCAGUCUGGACCCCCUGUGUAAGUACACCAGC